AACAGCUCCUCCCCCCCAAGAGUGUCCACUGUCGAGCCACGUAUUGAUCCGCUUCUUCCAUUGCAGUAGCUUGCUUAGCACCCCGCCUUUCACCACCUGUGCCCCUCCUACCGUCACCAUUCGCUCCCCUCUCCAUUCCACCUUUUAUCUACCCGCCUUCCUCGUCCUUCUCGUGGGCGUUCUCCUCGUCACCGUGGCUCCCCCGCUUCGCCUUUCCUCUCCCGCCUUCAGACUUUCCUCGGUCUUGGGCCAUUUCCGCGGCUCUCGACUUCCUUCAACCUCCCAUUCAGCUUUGACAAACCUUCGCAAAUCCCUCACAACUGCCAGCAUGGCCCCCGAACACCUCCGCCGCCCUCCUCAGGCUCCCCCCGUCUUCACCGCAACUGCUCAAUCCAUUGUCGAUGACGCCAAGCGACUCAUUGAAGCCUCCCGCAAAGUUCAGGAUGACGUCGUGGCUACCGUCAAGCCCGACACGGCUACAUUCAACGCUGUCGUGAAGCCCUUGGCCCAGGAUGAGAACGUCAUGUCCCUCGAAUCGCACAUUCUCGGCUUCUACCAGGCCGUGUCCACCCAACAAGAGCUGCGGGAUGCAUCGUCCAAGGCGGAGGAGCUGAUGGAUGAGUUCUUCAUUGAAGCUGCCAUGCGCGAGGAUGUGUUCCAGCUCGUCGACGCCGUGCUUAAGAAGAACGAGUCUCUUGACCCCGAGUCUCGCCGUCUGUUGGAGAAGGAACACAAGGAUUUCAUCCGCAAUGGCUUGGGUCUCCCGGCUGGACCCAAGCGUGACCGGUUCAAGGAGAUCAAGAAGCGUCUCAGUCAGAUUAGCAUUGAGUUCCAGAAGAACUUGAACGAGGAGAACGAAGGACUCUGGUUCACCCGCGAAGAGCUCGACGGUGUUCCCGAGGAUGUCCUGGCUGGGUUGAAGAAGGGUGAGGGUGAGCACGAGGGCAAGCUCUGGCUGACCUUCAAGUACCCCGACCUCUUCCCGACCAUGAAGUACGCCAAGAACCCCGAGACCCGUAAGCAGGUCAUGAUCCAGAACGAGAACAAGUGCAACCAGAACGUGCCUCUUUUCCGUGAGGCCAUUAUCCUGCGUGAUGAGGCCGCUCGUCUGCUCGGUUACCCUAACCACGCGGCGUUCCGCAUUGAGGACAAGAUGGCCAAGACCCCGGAGACGGUCAACACCUUCCUGGGUGACCUGCGGUCCCGUCUGACGGCCGGUGGACAGAAGGAGAUCAAGAGCCUCCUUGAGUUCAAGAAGUCCGACCUGGAGUCCCGUGGAGAGAAGUUCGAUGGUCACUACUACCUGUGGGAUCACAGAUUCUAUGAUCGCCUUAUGCUGGAGAAGGACUACUCUCUGGACCAGCAGCUCAUUGCCGAAUACUUCCCUCUUCAGACCACCAUCGAGGGCAUGUUGAAGAUCUUCGAAGAGCUUUUCGGUCUCGUCUUUGUGGAGAUCACUGGUGAGGACCGGGAGAAGGUGGCUCCCACCGGUAAGGGUAGUGACAUUGUCUGGCAUGAGGACGUCCAGAUCUUCAGUGUCUGGAACGAUGAGGGUGAGGGCAGCGGCUUCGUCGGCUAUCUGUACUUGGAUCUUUUCCCCCGGACUGGCAAGUACGGUCACGCUGCCAACUUCAACUUGCAGCCGGGUUUCAUCGACGCGGAGGGCAACCGCCGUUACCCGGCCACUGCGCUGGUGUGCAACUUCACCAAGCCGACUCCCAAGAAGCCCAGCUUGCUCAAGCAUGAUGAAGUCGUGACUCUCUUCCACGAGCUCGGUCACGGCAUCCACGACCUGGUUGCCAAGACGAUAUACUCCCGGUUCCACGGCACUAACACCGUCCGUGACUUCGUCGAAGCACCCAGUCAGAUGCUCGAGAACUGGUGCUGGACCCCUUCCCAGCUCAAGUCCCUCAGCAAGCACUACUCCACACUUUCUCCCGACUACCUUGCCGCCUGGAAGGAGCAAGCCGGUAGCCAGGAAGCCCCCUCAGAGCAAAUCCCUGACUCCGUUAUCGAGAACCUCAUCCGCACCAAGCACGUCAACGAUGCCCUGUUCAACCUUCGCCAGCUGCACUUUGGUAUCUUCGACAUGACCGUCCACCAGCCCGAGAGCCACGAGAAGAUUAAGGAGCUUCCCAUCUCGGCUACAUACAACUCCCUGCGCAAGCAGAUCACACAGAUGGAGGGCCCAGAGAGCUUGGGCCUGGGCGAGGAAUGGGGCCAUGGUGAAGCCACCUUUGGUCACUUGAUCGGUGGCUAUGAUGCUGGUUAUUAUGGUUACCUGAGCUCGCAAGUCUACUCGACCGAUAUGUUCUACACCGUCUUUAAGGACGACCCCAUGAACCCGACUGCUGGCCGUCGCUACCGGUACAAGGUGCUUGAGAAGGGAGGUAGCCAAGAUGAGAUGACGACGUUGACGGAGUUCUUGGGCCGUGAGCCCAAGACUGAUGCCUUCUACAAGGACAUGGGAUUGGCUUAGACUUGGGAGGAUAUAUGAGAUUCCGGUUGAAUUGGAUAUGGCAUGAUAUAGUAUACGACCGGACUGGAAACAAAGAUGGGAUAGAAUCAUUGAAUAGUCACUGGCUGUUGGUAUCAAUGAAUCCCUUGUACAUUCUAAGCAGCAUAAUUCUUCUACCC